CCCUCUGUUAUCCUCGUUCGAUUUUCCAUUCGCAGGACAACCAUGAGCAUUCUGCCCACCUGGGUUCCUUUGGCCCCACUCACGGAGGAGGAAGCGUUCGGCACGGGACUCCGUAUCAAGGAGGAGCUCAACGAAGGCUUUGCCGAGGAGAUAUAUUUGGAAAUCAAGGAAGAGCCGUAUGACUAUGCGGACGAAACGAGGGACGAAGUGAAGCACGAAUUUCUCUUCAUCAAAGACCCGUGCGAUUUUAUCGGAGGUCGUGACAGCUCGUCGGGAACGCCCUUUCCGGCCGAGGAACGUGGGGAGGAAAGCUCUUCAGAAGAGGAUACGGCGAAGCAAAAGGAAACGCGCAAGGAAGCCACGCUCGGAGAAGCGGAUAGGAAACUGCAACGUUUUUUGUGCGAGGUGUGUGGCAAGACGUUCUAUAAUAAGGCCUAUAUAAAGAUUCACAUGAGAGUCCACACAAAGGAGAAGCCCUACAGCUGCGAAUUCUGUAACAAAGCUUUCUCAAGUAAGAAGGGCCAGGUGAGACAUGAGAGAGUGCAUACCAAGGAGAAGCCAUACAGUUGUGAGAUCUGCAGCCAAGCCUUCUCGCAGAAAAACAGUUUAGUGAAGCACACCAGAGUCCAUACAAAGGAGAAACCAUAUAGCUGUGAGAUCUGUAGUAGAGCCUUUUCGGAUAAAUUUAACUUAAGCCAGCACAAGAGAGUACAUACGAAGGAAAAGCCAUAUGUCUGUGAGAUAUGCAACAAGGCCUUUUCACAGAAUAGUGUCCGGGUAAUGCACAUGAGAGUACAUACAAGGGAAAAGCCAUAUGUCUGUGAUAUAUGCAACAAGGCCUUCUCACAGAAUAGUUCCCUAGUGCAGCACAUGAGAGUACAUACAAAGGAAAAGCCAUACAACUGCAAAAUAUGCAGCAAGGCCUUCACUGUGAAAUGUAGUUUAGUAAAGCACAUGAGGGUACAUACCAAGGAAAAGCCAUACAGUUGUGAGAUCUGCAGCCAAGCCUUCUCACAGAAAAACAGUUUAGUGAAGCACAUCAGAGUUCAUACAAAAGAAAAACCAUAUAGCUGUGAUAUUUGCAGUAGAGCCUUCUCGGAUAAAUUUAACCUAGGGCAGCACAUGAGAGUACAUACGAAGGAAAAGCCAUACGUCUGCGAGAUAUGCAACAAGGCCUUUGCGCAGAACAGGUCCAGGGUAAUACACAUGCGGCUACAUACAAAGGAAAAGCCGUACAGCUGUGGGAUUUGCAACAAGGUCUUCACUUGGCAGAGUAAUUUAAUUACGCACACGAGGGUACAUUCAAGAGAGCCAAAUGCCCUGUGAGGUUUGCCAAUAAACCUCUCUUAAAAACAUAUUCCAGCACGAUAUGAAAGGAGUACAUACAAAGGAGCAGUGGAGUUGAGGUUUCUCCAAGGAAUAGGGUUUAGUGAUUGUGGGUUCAUGUGACAUAGAGGCCAAAGAAAAAAAAAAGCACUUAACUGUAUUUAUAUAUAUUAUAUAUAUAUAGAUAGUAUAUAUACAUAGAGAGAGAUAGUAUAUAUAUAUAUAGAGAGAGAGAGAUAGUAUAUAUAUAUAGAGAGAGAGAGAUAGUAUAUAUAUGUAUAUAUACAUAUAUACACAUACACACAUAUAUAUAGAAUUGAAUAUAUAAAAUUGUAUAUAUAGAAUCGCAUUCAUGUUAACAGAUGUAGAUAAGGUAUGCAUGAGAAUGAAUAUCUUCACAAUACAAGAGAUGUAUUUGACUGGUUUCGAUCCUACCUUCGUCCGAAAUGCAUACCUUUUCUUCUGUGUAUGUGAAGGUCACAGGCCUAACAUGUAUGUGAGAUCUAUACAUAUACUUUCACCCAUAUUUUUUUUUUUUCAUAGAGCACUCUCUCUCCCUCCCUCCCUCCCUCCCUCCCUCCC